UUCUCAGUACUUUUGAUUUUUCCCCUUUCUUAAAAAUCCGUGGACCUGGCGUUCAAUGAAUGUUUCUAAUUGGACAGUAUGUUGUUUGAGUUUUAUAAUGAUCUCUUAAUUGUUGUUGUCUUUUUUCGCUUCUGGGUUGUUCUGUCCGCUUCGGAUUCGCCGGAUUCCAUGUAUUCAUUCGUGAACGAGAUAGAGAAGUUUCUCAUGGAGCAUGGGGAGGGAGGUGAAGAUGUCAUCAACGAUGAGUUCUUGGCAGGAUUCUUCUCUGAUGUAUCGGCGGACUCCAGGAAGAGCGAGGUUGCCAGCCCCGAGGCGGAGCCGGUGCCCGUUGUGGUGGAAAGCGAGGCGAAAGAGAAGAGGGAGGUUUCGGCAGCGGUCGAUGUGGAAGAUGACGAUCCAAUCAGCAAGAAACGGAGAAGAUACGAGUAGUUAGAGUAUUUGCUCUUAGAGUAUUUCCAUGCUUUCUGAAUCAGGUUUUGCACAUAUAAGAUUAUCCGGCAAUAUGUACAUAAUAUUAAAAAUAGGAGUGGAAGAAUAGAUCUCCAGAAGAAUUAUGUGAAAAAAUGCCUUUUGUACCUUGUAUUGAUAUUAUCUUAUCUAUUGUCCCUGGAAUUCCUCAGUCAGAUGAGAAAUAGGGAUUCUGCCAUGAAAUCAAGGGAGAGGGAGAAGAUAUACAUUAAGGAGUUGGAGAUAAAAAGCAAAUAGCAUAUCAAAGUUUGGGGAGGGUAGCAGUGGUGGUAGUUUUGAGCAUGAUGUCCAUGUGGCUGCGGAGGAACAGCGAAGUAUGGCUGCAUUUCCUCCUCCCAGAUGAUAUCGUGAUGUUUCUGAGAUUGUGCAGGAGAUUAAGAUCCAGUUUGAUAGGGCAUCCGAGUCGGCCAAUGAGGUCUCCAAAAUGCUUGAAGUGGAAAAGCUCCCAUAUCGUCAGAAGAAUUCUGCUUAUAAAGUGUCAGUCACGGUGGUUUGUGGGCUUCCGCUGUCUACUUUUGAAAGUGAGAGUUUAUCCACGUUGCAGAAGUUGUACGUGUGGGAACAGAAGCUCCUCCGCGAAGUUGAGGAUGGAUGUCGAUAGUUGUUAUUUAGACGGAAAUGCUGAUGCUGUGGAGUUUUGCCCGCAUCAUCCCUUUCACCAUAUUCUGGCUGUUGCAACGUAUACUCUAGAAGAGGGAAAUCCACCACAUCGAUCCGGGAGCAUAUCACUUUUCUCUGCUGAUGCUAAUGUUGGGCUUGAAUUGCUUCAUCGUGCACCCACAACUGGUAUUUUUGAUAUAAAAUGGAACCCAAGUGGAGAUACUAUGCAUCCUUUACUUGCUCAAGCUGAUGCUGAUGGAUGUGUAAGCCUUCUUAGUCUACAGUCGAAGUCGGAUGCAGAAGAUCACGGGACUGCUUUGAGGGAAGUCCAUACAGAAAAAAUCAGUUCUGCCAUGUGCUUAUGUGUGGACUGGAACACAUCAGUGGGGUCCAUUUCACUUGGUCUGUCAGAUGGCUCGGCAUCUAUCGUCACUGUCAGAGAGUCCCAAUUGCAGUUAUCGCAAUCAUGGGCUGCCCAUGAGUAUGAGCUUUGGGCUACAACUUUUGAUGCCUGCCGCCCGCACUUAUUGUACACUGGCGCAGAUGAUUGUCAUUUCAGCUGUUGGGAUUUGCGAGAGAGCCCAUCCAAUUUAGUGUUCCAGAAUUCUAAGUCUCACAAGAUGGGUGUGUGCUGCAUCGCUCAGAACCCCAUGAAUUCUAAUAUGCUGCUCACAGGAAGCUAUGAUGAGUCUCUCAGACUAUGGGAUAUAAGAUCAACAUCAAAACCUGUAAUUGAGAAAUCUCUUUGCUUGGGAGGUGGUGUUUGGAGGAUCAAGCACCAUCCAUAUAUAUCAAACCUGGUAUUGGCAGCAUGUAUGCACAAUGGCUUUGCCGUUGUGAGGAUAGAAGAGGUGGAUGCUAUUGUAGUGGAAACUUAUCGGAAGCAUGAAUCAUUAGCAUAUGGAGCAGACUGGCAAAGAGGAGUGUGCUUGGAAGAUGGGUCCGACAGAGGUUCUUUGGUUGCUACUUGCUCAUUUUAUGACCAGCUUCUUCGACUAUGGAAGCCAGAGAGUGUUAUGGUUAAAUAAUUCGAUGUUGCUAAAUCCUUGACAUUCAUCUUACAAGCCAAGAAUGGCAUGUCUGUUGCUUCCUAUUCUGUUCAGUAUAAUCUCCAUCAGGUAAGUUGUUUCCAUCGAUAUUGAAUUGACAUUUUCUAUGUUCUUUCUGCUUGUUCAGCAACCUAUGUCAUCUUUAUAAGGAAAAAUUAGGGGACUAUCAUGAACUGCAAACUUCUGGGAGAUGCAUAAAAUUGUUUUAGUUACUGCCAUUUUGCUAUAUUCUCAAGAAUAUUUUUCCUUGACCAAAUACAUGUAGCAAGUGUCGGGAUCUCAAUCAUGCUUGGCAAGGCAUGAUGUUUUAAUUACAUCACGUUGUGUUUGGUUUAAUUUCUAUUAGCUGAACUGUUUUUAUGGAUCUUGAGUUACAAUUUUACGAGUUCUUGGUGCUUGUUUGGCUUGCAAUACCAUCUUCACAUGUAAAAGUAGGUGAUGAACAUAUGUUGGAAACUCUUAGGAGAAGCAUACAGAACUUAAAUUUCCUCUCAUUUCUCUGUUGUUAAAAAUGUUUGCCUGUUACCAAACUCAUGUGAUGAUUGUUAGGAUCAUAUUGAAAUUUAAAAAACCUGAAACAACUCUAGUGACCUCAAUGUCAUCCGGAGGGAGUCCUACACAAACUUUCAGCCUCUACUCUUCACCUUGGAUAUUGGUUAUAAUUGCAUUCUAAAACUAAAUGUCUCAGAGGGAACCAAUCAUAUGGCGAGCAUGUGGUCCUGACACUUGUUUGCUAUCAGACAGGCAUCCGGUCCUGAUUGUUUUACUUGUAAACAAAUGGUUGUGGUAUGUGACUUACAUUGCACUUUCUUGCCACAGAAAUAGCCUAUUUUAUUUUAUUUGUAAAAAAAAAAAUUCCAAAAUACAAUUUCAUCCUACUUGAAUUUGUUUGCUUGAAUUUCUAAUUCAUUCAUCUUCUAGCUGUAUGUUAUUUUUAUGGUUGAUAGGAUUGGGAAGCUUCGAAGAGAUUUUCUUUGAAGACGUGUGACCUUUGUAGAUACAUGGCUAUUAUCUCACAUAGGAGAAAAAACAGAUGAGAGAAAAAAGGGGAAGAAAGAAGAGUAAGAUACUGAAUGCCUGAUAUGUUAACUCCAAAAAUAUAUGAGCAAUAAUUGACAAGGUAAAUCACCUUUAGUUUAAAAGGGAAAAAGGAGCACUAUUUAUUUGAAAACAAGUGGGAAAACUCGGUGAAUGCUAACCAACUGAAACAUCCUAUGCCCAAACACAACUAGUUGGGCAUGUUGAUAGUUUUUACUCAGACUGAGCUAAAAACCUACCAUCAUGUAUAAUGUCCUUUGUAGUAAACAAUGUUACUAAAUAUGUGCCAAUACAGUUUUGUUAUCAAGUACAACUUCCAUCAUCUUGGAAAUACGUCAGUCAUGAGAUUUUUCUUCCACGUGAGCUGGCAAGUCAUAGGAGUUAUGGUGUGAAUCUCAUGUUUAGCGCUAAAGCAAGUGGCUAUUUUUAUUGUAAAUAACCAAAUGAACUCCAGCAAUUGUUUAAUAAGUUGCAGAACAUCUAUACAAUGAACGGAUGCUUGGGUCAAUGUUGUUGUAAAGCACCGAUAAAUGACGAUGUGCGAUCUGCUAUUAUAUACUCUUGGAAAAUUCUUAGCUGCCUUCAAAUAUACAUGAUAUGAUCAAGAUUGAGUGCUUGCUUCAUGCAUUAAGUAGCAACUUUGAUUGCUAAUGCAAUGUAGGGUUGUGUAGUGGUAGAAAAACUUGGCAUCCAACCCCCCUGUAUUUAUGGUUAAUUCAGUGACCAUUUGAUAGAUCAUGAGUGUUGCAUCUGAAACCGCAUAGUUCCUAAUUGAUCUACUUCUUAACAUUCUAGUCUUCAAUGAAAAUGCCAAUUGCAUGUAUCUGAUGUGAAACUGGAUUAUAGUCUGGAAUGAUACAAACAACUUAGCUAUUGAAAAGUGAAAAGCUUUUGCCUUGGUAAACUUUUCCAACUGCUCAAUGUUAUGCUAUGAACAAUAACUUCAACAUUAAACACUUGAGUAAAAGUUAUUGUUGAUAUAGGUGUAAACACUAUGCUGUCAGCGUGGAAGUGUGUAUUCGUAUACGACAUCCUUGAAGUUUUUAACCAGAAAUGUGUUUUAACCCUCAUUUUUUAGUAUUUAUUGUUUCCUUCUGCCAUAUUUCAAUGAGGCUAUUUCUUGGUGCAGUGGUAAAAGGCUUUAUUGUUAAGCGCAAUGGCAUGGGUUCAGGUCCUGGGGCAGCCUGUUUAUGUAAAAACAAUCCAAAGGUUUGGUCUGUCCAUCUCUCUCUUGGACCCAAAAUUGCCAAGAUUAUAACUUGGUAAUGGCCUUUUUUUAAAAAGAAAAAAAAAAUCCUUCUAUUGUACCUUACUUUUUAAUGUUAAAACUUGAAACUUUCAAUAAUUUUCGAUGCAUAUGCCAAUAUAAACAUGCACAUGUCGUGUGACAAAAGUGGGUUUCGGACCACAGAAUCUAGAAGCGUAUCAUGCUUGUUUGGCACUGUUUAGGCUGGUCUCUGAGGCAUGAUGAUUGAUUUUGGCAAGCUAUCAAGGAUACUUUUUCCUCUUAUUAUCUAAAUCCUUAAUUUUUUAUACACUUGGUUAAGCAUCUCUAUUAUCUAGUUUCUUUAGCCUUGUAACUGUUUGGGAAAUUAACUAUUUUACGGUUCAUUUGUUUACUUUACAUGUUCUUCCUCUCCUCUCUCUUUUCCAUUAUUAUCUAUUCUGAUGCAUGCCUGUAAGUGGAUUAGCUCAAAGUGCGGAUUUAGCUGCAAAGCCUUGACAAAGUGACCAAGAGUAUAUGAUAAUCUGUCAUCUCUCUUUCAAAGAAGCUAAAUAUGCAAUAUGGAUCAGCACGCUGCUUGUAGUGAAUCUUUCUUUUCACCCUAGAAGGCAUGCAAAGAUGCCAAAGUGCUUUAUGCUCGUCAGAGAAACAAUCUCAUCUAUUUUUUUGCUUCUGAGUGCAGAUUGGACUCAUCUAACGUUGUAUCAUGACGAAAAAUUUACGUCCGGUAAAUGUGUUGCUUUAAUACUGGUCAUGGUGCCGAUCCAUUUAUCUCUCCUGCCGUAUGAGUGGAAAAGGGUGGGUUUUAAGGUAACCCGCCUGGAUUUCAUUAAAUGAAAUCAACAAAAUAACGGUAAUGGACUGAUGGAAGAUAAAGAUGGAGGACUGAAAAGGCAUAGAGUGGGAGAAUCGGAGAUUAAGAGUAAGGAGGGAGGGAGAGCAGGCAAGGAUGAUGGCCGCUCUUCUUGCUUUGAUACGAGACGGUUGGUUCAGUCAAGGAAAAGUUUGAUUUUGAACCUGGCGAGUUCAUUUGCAUUUGAAGAAGUAUGGUUGAAGAUUAAUUUUUUCCCUCUCCUUCCAAAAGCACCACAAGCAAGUUUAGGCAAGUGCAUCCCAUGCUGAAGUUGUAGCAUUAUGAUGGUUUUUCCGGCCGGUCCAAAGUUGAUGAACCAUAUUUGGUACUAUAAGCUUGGUCUGUUGAUUUGGUGCAGUGUGUUUUGCUAAAGUUUCAGUUGAGAAAGAAUACGAAAUAAGAAGGCAAGGUACGGAUUCAGGUUGGACAUUGCAUAGAGGGCAUUGCUGUAGCGACGGCCAACCUUUUUAUCGGUUUUUUUCCUUCCAUGACUAUAUAUUUGUUGAUAGUAAGGUUUACAACUUACCACGGGAAAGGUAAUUGUACUUGAACUUGCAUGAAUGAUACUGAGUUCAACUGGUGA